AGGCCGAGAUGGCGGUGGCUGAGGCUGGGGCGGGCGUCGGGUCGGCGUCCUCGUUCUUGUCCCUGGAGCCGCGGGCGCGGCGCCGCAUCCCCCAGAAGGCGCGGCGGGACCGCAAGCGGCCGGUGGAAGAGGAGCUGCUGCAGCCGGGUGUGGUGUACGUGGCGCACCUGCCGCGAGGGAUCUGCGAGCCGCAGCUCCGCGAGUACUUCGGGCAGUUCGGCACCAUCACGCGGCUCCGCCUCUCCCGCAGCAAGAAGACAGGAAGGAGUAAAGGCUAUGGAUUUAUAGAGUUUGAAUCUGACGAUGUGGCUAAGAUUGUUGCGGACACGAUGAACAACUACCUGUUUUCAGAAAGACUGCUGAAGUGUCAGUUCAUGCCUCCUGAGAAGGUCCAUGAAGAUCUCUUCAAAAACAGCGAGAGGAUGUUCCAUAAGCCUUCUCAUCCAGCGGUCAGGCGGUACAACAAGAUACGUUCCCUCGCUGAGAAGGCCAAGAUGGCAAAGCGGCUGCGGCAGAAGGAGAAUCGCCUGCGGAAGCGGCUGGCUGAGAGGGGGAUCAAAUACAGCUUCCCGGGAUUUGCUGCGCAGGGGCCUCCCGUGAAGAAAAGGAAAGUUAAAAUGUCCAAGCCAAAACUGAGCGUUUCUCUGAGCAGCCAGGAUCCUACUCCAGUCUGUACUCCUACAGUGCUUGAGAGCCGGAAAGCUCAACAAGCGGAUGAUGACACAGAUGACAAUGAAAUAACUCUCAAACUGCCCCCUGCAAGCGUUAAAAAACCUGUGCAGAGACCAAAGAAACAGCAAAGAAAAGCCAAACCUGAAGAAACAGAAAUAGACUUAAAACGUGGCUACAGUCACCAGAAUUUUUCUUCUUCCUCAAAUCAAACACUGGUGAGGUGGAACUUCUGCCCUGCCUCAGUUUGUCUCACUAGGCUAUUUCAGCCUCUCACGGGCAGGGAAUGUAUUCACAAAUGGUUCCCCUCCUGUUUAGCCAGCGGGGAGCUACAGUCUUCUCUGCCCUUGAAGAUUUUCUUGAUUUUUUUUUUUUUUUUUUUUUUGCACUCGUGAGUGCUAGUGUUCCCACAUGCCUCCAGUUGUGCCAGAACCUUUGGUUAGUUCUGUGCUUUGUCUCUGUCACCCCGUUUUGAAAGAACAUGUGAGGCUGUCCAUUCUGAUCCUGCUGACGGGGUCUGUAUUUUAUACCUAUUGACGAUGGCUUAUCAAAUACAGUUUUUAACCAUUA